AUAAUAAAAAGGCAGCGGCGACCCGUUCCCCGCUCCUCUUCCCGUCCUCUCCUCUCUUCACAUCUCACCUCCCGAUAAGAGGAGAGUAGCUUCUGCUUCUCCUCCUUUCCUCGUCGUCCUCCACUUCAGCUCCUCUCCUCGACAAAAACCUGCGAGCUCCGGUUCGCAGGGGCCGCGAGCUGAUCGCGCGGAGUCGAGGAGAGGAGAGGCGUGCGGAGCUGCCGCCGCCGCAAGGAGGAGAGGAGAGGAGAGGAGAGGAGAAGCCGUAUCUAUCUGCCCGCGCCGAAUCGAUGGACUCGGAGCACUGGAUCUCGCGCCUGGCCGCCGCUAAGCGGUUCUACGCAGCGCAGCUUGGCCACAGAGAUCGGGCGGGGAUGGAAGAGCUGGACAUGGACGAGGAGGGGAGGCCGGAGUUCGCGUGCCCCUACUGCUACGAGGACCACGACGUCGCCUCCCUUUGCGCGCACCUGGAGGAGGAGCACCCAUUCGAGCCCCACGCGGCGCCUUGCCCUGUUUGCUCUGAUAUGGUUACAAAGGAUAUGGUUAACCAUAUUACUAUGCAGCAUGGAUACUUGUUGAAGAAUCAUCGCCGGUUGCGCAGAUUCGUUAUUCCAGGCAGCCAGGCCCUUUCUUUGCUGAGACGAGAUCUACGGGAGGCCCAUUUGCAGGUGCUUCUUGGAGGUCGACAUAGGCCGAGCAGCAAUAACAACGCGGCAAAUAUUUCAGCCGAUCCUCUUCUAUCAUCAUUCGGCCUUAGCUUCCCAACAUCAGAUGCAGAGGAGACAUCAAAAUCAACUAUUUCCAUUCCAGAUGAUGCUACCAUUGUAAAAGAGAUGCCUGCUCGGGCGCAGAAGUUAAGAGUUGAGUCAUCCGCUUUUCUUUUUCAACGGCAGUAUUGACUCAUCCCUCACAAGUGAAGAAAGGGAACAAAAACGGAAGCAAGCCAGCAUCCGAGCAACGUUUGUGCAAGACCUGCUGCUCUCUACUCUAUUUGGGGAUUAAUGAAUCAGGAUGAGCCUAAAGUUAUCAUUAGAUGGGUGCUUCCUGGUGCAGAUCUGCAAAGGCUAGCGUUCCACCCCCAAAGUUGCUGAAUGUGAUAUCCUUGACGGAGCAGGCGUGCUUCUGGGGUACUAUCCUUGGUCUCCUCCAGCAAGGUGCAUAGUUGAUAUGGGCAUGAGGUGUCUUUAAGUUAUCGUACCCGGUCUCUAUCUUCAAUUCCAUCACAACUCGCGAUCAGCUUAUGUUAUCAAUGUAAGUCGCAGUUGUGUUUGUGCUGCUUGUAUGUCUGAACCCUGAAACAUUGGUUUGUCGUACCAACGUAAUAAUCAUGUUAUGCAACAGCGAAUGGCUAUGCAGUCCAUAAACUGUGUGGGAGCAAUAAACUAGAUGCAAAGCUGUCUGGAUUUGGAGGUGAA